AUGAGUGCUCCAAAUGAACUUGUUUGGUUGGGUAAACUCUUUUUGUUCAGAUUGAACAACAAAAUCGUUGACACCUAUGCAUCCUGCAAGAAGAAGAUCUUGGAGAAGGUCAACAACAAGAAGGUCAAGAAGGAUGACGUUGUUGAAGAGGUUGAAGUUCAAGAGCCUACCAGAAUCAUUCAUCAACCGGCGGAGCGGAAAUUUAGCGUCUUGGCUAAGUAUUACCGAUCAUCCCUCACAACCUCAUCAUCACCACCAUCGCAUCAACAACUCCACCAGCACUCUCUCUUUUUCUCGCAAAUCGUCACAUCGCAAUCCGUGUGUCCAAUUAUCGCGAGUCUUUCGAAAAUGUCUUUCACACGCGCCAUUCCACGCGCUACCAGCACCAUCGCCCGCACACAAUCAGCAGUUCUCAACCAAGCACGAAAUUUGUCUAUUACCGCAGCCCGAAAAUCAGCAGAUCAUGGUGACCACUAUGAGCCACCGAGCGGAUGGUUAUUUGGAGUGAAACCUGGAGAGAAGGCCGAGAAAGAGGGAUGGGAAAAUUUAUGGGUGUACGGGUUUUUUGGAACUUGUGCUUUUGGAAUUGUCGGUUAUGCGGUUAAGCCAGAUACCUCGAUACAAACAUGGGCAUUAGAAGAAGCACGCAGAAGGUUAGAAGCCGAGGGGAUCUUGAAGGAGCCAGAAGACAAAUCAUAA